UAUGAUAUUAAGGUGCAUAGUUGGACUUUUUUAGAAGCUGGAGAGGCUAAGACAACUAUUAAUUCACAUUAUGCUCAAAAAUUACAAGGGUAUCAAAAAACCCAAGCUCAGUGGAAUAUCAAAUUGAACAAUUUUUCACCUGCUGUUAUUAAUAAAUCAAGAGAUAAGAUCGAACAACCCAAUCCAAACCCAGAUCCAACUAGAUUGUUGAUAUCAGAGAUCAAAAAAGAACUUGACCAAAGAAGUUUGGAAUAUAAUACUAAAGAAAAUAGAAGAAACUUGAUUAAUCUGUUAAAGAUGAAUGAUACAUACGAAUUAUAUAUAGUAGUUGAUAAUGAGGCUUUGAAAAAAAAUCAAAUAUAUAGAAAAAAAGAAGGAGGCAAAUGUAUAACAGAAACUGUAAAAGAAAUAUUAAAAAGCUUUUUUCAUGCUAAUAAUAAAGAUAAAA